AUAACACUGCGCGGCCACCCCUCGCGCACCACGUGCUAGGCGAGCAGGCGGGCGGAUAGCUGAGUCUUCAACCGGGAGGCGUGCCCUAUUCAUCCAUGGCGCAAGAUGGCGCUGCCCUUUGCACGUUCUUUGCGCGUGUGCCUCUGGGGAGCCAAACGAUUGGGAGUUGCCUCCACAGAGGCCCAGAGAGGCAUCAGUUUCAAACUGGAAGAAAAAACUGCCCACAGCAGCCUGGCACUCUUCAGAGGUGAUACGGGUGUCAAAUAUGGCUUGGUGGGAUUGGAGCCCACCAAGGUGGCCUUGAAUGUGGAGCGCUUCCGGGAGUGGGCAGUGGUGCUGGCAGACACAGCGGUCACCAGUGGCAGACACUACUGGGAAGUGACAGUGAAGCGCUCCCAGCAGUUCCGGAUAGGAGUGGCAGAUGUGGACAUGUCCCGGGAUAGCUGCGUUGGUGUUGAUGAUCGUUCCUGGGUGUUCACCUAUGCCCAGCGCAAGUGGUACACCAUGUUGGCCAACGAGAAAGCCCCAAUUGAGGGUAUUGGGCAGCCAGAGAAGGUGGGGCUGCUGCUGGAGUAUGAGGCCCAGAAGCUGAGCCUGGUGGAUGUGAGCCAGGUCUCUGUGGUUCACACACUACAGGCAGAUUUCCGGGGUCCAGUCGUGCCUGCCUUUGCUCUCUGGGAUGGAGAGCUGCUGACUCAUUCCGGGCUUGAGGUGCCCCAGGGCCUCUAGUAUGUCCAUACUGGAGUCCCUAAUCACACUCUUGGCCAGCUUCCUUUUGAAAGUGUCUGAAGCCUUUUGACUUUGCCCCAAGCAACCUCUGGCUCCCACAAUUCAGUGUUGGGUCUUCUGUGCAAUAUCGUAAUCAUCUUCCUCAUCCCCUACCUUGUGAAAGCUAGGCAUACAGCCAAACCCUACUUCUCCCCACCCACCAACUACUGCCAGUUUUCCUGGGCUACCAUGUGUGUAUCUUCCCUGACCUGCUUCCUUCAGUUCCUAUGCCUCCCUUUGCCCAGGCCUUUCUCAGACUGUAUUCCAUCCCGGGGUCUUAUCGUUCAGCUUUGUUUGAAUUUAUUCAUCAUCGUGAUACCUCUCCCUCCCUUUGUCCACAUGUAACUUGUUUGUUCUUGGGGCUCUACCAGAUCUCUCCAGAGUAAAUCCUUUCUACCUCUGGCUGAA